AUGUCCAUUCUCCUGGGAUUCAUCACGAGUGUGCCUUCGAUGCGGCGUGAAAAAGGUGAAAGCUGGCAGACGUUGAGUCGCAACAUGGCGGCUUUGCACUGCGCAGGUGUCGGAAUCGACUUCAAUGACGUCCACCAGCCUUUCGAACAAUCGGCGAAACUUCGAGAUCUGCCGCUGUGGUCUGACAAGAAGCAUGACCAAAAGAGACGAAGGAUAAGGCUUAAGUUGCUCGUCCCGCUUAAGAUUGUCUAUCUAUCCGAGAAGAGUGGACUGUACGUCAAGGAGAUGGAGAGGCUGAUCAAAGCCAUCAACCUGGAUGAAGACUUCAGGUUGGCAAUUAUCCACGCUGGACGUAUCAUUCACCCGCUCUGGAGUCGGUACGCUCAUCCAACGAGGCAAAAAGCUUUUGCAAGCGUCGUCUCUGCCUGCAGACGCUCGUGCGGAAUCGAGAGGCGAGAGGGCCUCAUCUCAGCCACUGUGUUCGAUCGCUACCUCAAGAUCCCGGACUCCCGGCCAUACGGGGCUCCUGUUCCCAAACGACAGGAAGACAUCCUUAGGUUAUCUAGCCACUUUGAGUCGCUCCGCAAUUUGAAGUGCGACCUCCUGAAGCUCUCGCGGAUGGCGAGGGAAGAAGAUGACAACCUCACCUGGUUCUGUGAGAAGGCCGACCGCUCUAUUACCCGCAAAGGCGAGGUGUCGUUCCGGUACAGCAUUGAAAGCCCGGAGGAGUUCCGCUAG